AUGCAGGAGGUAGGAAUCGAUGAAGAUACCGCUGCAGAAGAAUUCAACUAUAACGGCGUUACAAAAGAUCUGGACAGGAUGGACAUACUGGCCAUCGAGUCCCGCAGGAGAAACUGGUUGCGCAGUCAAGGGUUGGAAGUGAGCGAUGAAGCUUUUCAGGAAACCUUGGAAGCUACCAGAGAGGAGAUCAUCAGGACGUGUCCAGUUCGGCCCAAGAAGCACCAGGUGUGUGUGUUCUGUAAAAACAACAAGGAGAGGGAAGAAGUCUACACCUCGCAUAUGCUCAAAGACAGUCUGGACCGGGUUAUCUGCCCUAUUCUUUCCAAGUACACUUGCCCUGUAUGUUAUGCAACUGGAGCAAAUGCACACACUAAAAAGUACUGCCCAAAAUAUGACGGAAUUUCAACUGUCAACUUGCUCCUGCAGACACCACGUAACUGUUCUGGCAAGUAUAGAAAAUAG